AUUGUGUCGAUCACAUCGCGCCUUCGUUUGUCCGUUUGUGUUAAAAAAUAUUUCUAUACUAGAAGUGUUCAGUCAAUUUUCAUCAAAAUGCCAGUCCCUCAAUUCCCUCGCACCGAAAUGCAGGCCCCACAGUUCAAAGAGUUUGCCAAGGAAAUGGUGGACUACAUCGCCGACUACCUGGAGAACAUCCGAGAUCGACGCGUCCUUCCGGAAGUUCAACCGGGUUACCUGCGGCCAUUGAUUCCAUCCGAGGCUCCCGAAAAGCCAGAAAGCUGGCAAGAAGUGAUGGCUGACAUCGAGCGGGUCAUCAUGCCCGGUGUCACCCACUGGCACAGCCCUAAAUUUCACGCAUACUUCCCGACGGCCAACUCCUAUCCGGCCAUCGUAGCCGAUAUGCUCAGCGGUGCGAUCGCUUGCAUUGGAUUCACAUGGAUUGCCAGCCCGGCGUGUACUGAAUUGGAGGUCGAAAUGCUCAACUGGUUAGGUAAAAUGUUGGGACUUCCAGAAGAGUUCCUAGCUAGCUCUGGAGGUCAAGCAGGUGGCGUCAUUCAGGGAACUGCCAGUGAGGCUACCCUUGUCGCUUUGCUCGGUGCCAAGGCUAAAGCGAUUAAGCGAGCUCAGGAGGAACAUCCUGAGUGGGAUGAGACAUACAUCGUUUCCCGACUGGUGGGAUACACCUCAAUCCAAUCGCACUCGUCGGUGGAACGAGCAGGUCUCCUAGGAGGUGUCAAACUGCGCUCGCUGAAGGCGGACAGCAACUUGCAGCUCCGCGGUGAAACUCUUGAGGAAGCCAUCAAGCAGGAUUUGGCCGAAGGAUUGAUUCCCUUCUAUGCCGUUUGCACCCUCGGUACGACAAACACCUGUGCUUUCGAUCGCUUGGAUGAACUUGGCCCGGUUGGCAACAAGUACAAUGUAUGGAUCCACGUGGAUGCUGCCUACGCUGGAUCAGCCUUUGUAUGCCCGGAGUAUCGUUCUCUGAUGAAGGGAAUUGAAACGGCCGAUUCCUUCAACUUCAACCCACAUAAGUGGAUGCUGGUGAACUUUGACUGCAGUGCCCUGUGGCUGAAGGAACCGUACUGGAUUGUAAAUGCCUUCAACGUGGAUCCACUUUAUCUGAAACACGAUAUGCAAGGAUCGGCUCCGGAUUACCGUCACUGGCAAAUCCCGUUGGGCAGACGUUUCCGUGCUCUGAAGCUGUGGUUUGUUCUCCGACUGUAUGGCGUUGAGAACAUCCAAGCUCACAUUCGUCGCCAUUGUGCAUUCGCUAAGCAAUUUGAAGCUCUCUGUGUCGCUGAUAGCCGUUUCGAAAUCUUCUCCACCGUUCAGAUGGGUUUGGUUUGCUUCAAACUAAAGGGAACCAACGAACUGAACGAGGCCCUGCUCAAGAGAAUCAACGGUCGAGGCAAAAUUCACAUGGUGCCAUCGAAGGUUAACGAUGUAUACUUCCUGCGUAUGGCAGUGUGCUCGCGGUUUACCGAAAUCUCGGAUAUCGACUACUCGUGGAAAGAAGUUUCGGCUGCCGCCGAUGAGCUGUUGGCUGAGAAGAAGUAAACCGGUGCUUCAAAAUGUUCCUGAUGGCGCACAGUGUGCAAAUAUAUUACUCACUCACUCAAUCUCUCUAAACUGCUCAAAUGUAUAACGAUGUUAUGAUAUUUAAAAUAUGCAUGUCCAGUUGUUGAAUUGUAAGUAAAAUCUAAGGACCAUGUAUGUGGGACCACAUCAACAAAAUCCAACUAAAUAGCAGUAUUGAUGUACAUUAAAAGCUCGUUGAAUGGAAUCAUAUUUUCACUGUCAUAUUUUAAAAAUGUCCCUUGAUGUUAAAUUAUUGUUGGAAUCAUGAGAAUGAAUAAAUUGUAAUUUAUUAUGUUUUAAAA